AUGAAUGUCUCCUCGUACCCCUUCCGCCUCUUUGUUCCUGUAGAAUUUCUGUCUUCGUCUCCAGGAUGGAUCACCGGGUGGGUUCUCGGCGAGUCGACGGCCAUCGUCGCCGCCUUGCUUCCGCCGCUACCCUUCCACAUUGCCGCGCGCUUGUUCGCCGACGCUCAGAAACGGAUUUCUUCCGCGCCCUCCCUCGCGCGAAGAGAGGUGGUAGAUGCGCGGGAGGCAGACAACGCAGAGAGUGAAGCAAGAGACGAGGCCGGAGACGAACGAGGAGACACUGACGCAGCCGGGAGCGAGGAUCAAGACGGCAGAGGCGAAAGGCCGGUGAAGAGCGAAAGGCCCUGUGGACCUGCGGGGGCGCCGCAGAGAGCCAAGUUCAGCAACAGUUGGAUACAUCGCAAUUGGAGAGACGGCCAGGAACGGCCGGACAGCAAGGGUGUGCGCGUGUCUCCUCCGUUGCGGAUUUUAGGCUGGUGGCGGGGCAGGGACGACGCGGCGGUUCCAGGCGGCGCUGGUCCUCCCGGUCGCCCUGUCUCUCUUGAUAGCUUUAGCCCAGCGGGGCCGUCUUGCCGCCUCUUGGGGCGGAGCUCGCUUUCGGAGAAGCAUCGAGACCUCUCGACUGACGCGUUUCUCCAGGACGUUUCUCAGCCAAGCCCGUCUGGGGCGCCGUCGGAAGCGUCGCCCCGUGCCGUAGGUUUCGCCGGUGAAAAAAACGCGUUUUGGAUUGAAGUCUCGAUUCAUUCCCAAACGGGGCUUCCUGUCCCUUUCUUCGCUCGUCAGGAUGCUCUCCCAGAGGCGGUCUCCGGUUCUGCCUGCGGCCUGCUCGCUCCUCUUCCGACCGAGUCCGACCCGGUGGCUGCCGCCGCGCCCGCGCAGGCCCCCAGGCCUUCAACCGGUCUGCGUCGCCUCCGUGGCUUCUCUCGCGCCGCCAAGGCGUCUCCCGCUGGGCCGGAAAAGCUUCCAGCUGACCCGCCUUUCUCUCGGGGCGAGGUGCCGUACGGAAUGUGUCCUCUCGACCGGCAGGGAGACUGGGCUCUGAAGCCCGUCCAGAUUUUUCUGCUCCGCCUGCCUACGCACCACGGCUUCACUGGAGAAGGCGUCUCAGCGGAGGAACGGAUGAACUUGGCGUCCGCCGACUCGGCGUCGGGCUGUUUUGUGAAGACUCAGGAGUUGAUAGAGGCGCUCCAGCGCCCGCUGCUGUGGAGAGAAACUGCAGACUUUCCGAGGGAGAAGGGAGAGGCCCAGCGCGCAGACUCCCCGGAGGCACGCGGGCUCUCCGCAGGGGCAACGGAGACAGGGGACGGGGCAACCGGCUCGCUGCGGCGAAAUGGACGGGCCGGCGGCGACGGUUUGAGGCAGGCCAAAGGCCGGGAAACUGACAAAGGGGCGAAGGGCGCCGAGCUGUCUCGUCCCCUUCGCAACGGCCACAAAGCCGACGCGCAGCGCAGGAGACAGAGAGCGCGCAGCCACGCCCCACACAACGGCCCGGUGAAAGAAGAGAAGGCAGAGGCGACGGCUCAGAAAGGAAACGGUGAUGACGCGCAGCAACGGACAGAGGAGACCCUCGAAGUGGUGUGGCUUCACCUGCAAGGCACUGCCAAAGUGGUUGCGAGCGUGUCGAAGACGUUGACGUCGUGGCAACACGCGGAGCGCUCACGUCGGUCCCGAUUCGAGCGGCAACAGCGGUCAAAAGGGCAGAACGGCGAGGACCCCGAGGACACAAAGAGUGAGGCGGCCGACGAAGGCAGUCCUUCUGCCUAUCUCUUCUCUCUUGCGUCUUCUUUCUUCCCACAGAACUUGACGCCGGGGUGCCCCACCCGCGGUCUUCGCGCACUCCAGAAGAGGUUCUCUAGUCUCGCGUUGUUCCUUGUCUACUUUUUAUUCCGCUUUUUCGAGCUCCUCUGGUACCACGGCGUCCUCGUCGUGUACCCAGGAGCAGACCGCCGUCUGGCGCGCGCGCGCUCCCAGAGUCCUUGCGACCUUGAAAAGCUGAAUGGGAGUGGGUCCGGUAGCACGCCGAACAAGAGAAACGAGCCGCAGCCCUUCUUCUGGGGCACUGCGGAUCACCUGCUGUCUUCUCUGUCUUCUCUCGCGGCGUGUGCGCCUUUGUUGCGGCGCUACAUGCACUCCCGAGAGAGAGACAUGCACGCCGUUUCCUCGCACUCGCGAGAACAACGGAUGGACCCAGGGGCCAAGCGAAGCGGCGGUGUCGUCGACCACUGGAAAAAGCCGAAAACUGGGGUUGAACUGUCGCCCAGGGCGUCAGGGAGAGAGCACUGGGACGCGGCCAGCCUUCCUGUGUCACCGGAGCCGUCGCGCUGUUCCUGUGGGGAAGAGAUUUGCAGUGGAGUGGACGAGAAAGGAGCCGGUGGAGCGGAAGGACCGCAGGGUUCCCUGCAUGGGAGAAAACGAUCGAGGGCAAAGGAUAAGAGGCGCGAUGUUUCCGCCAACGAGUCCGACACGCUUGACCAGUCAAGGGGAAGGGAACGGCCGUCAGUCUGCCCCCGAUGUGAGUUUUUCUCGUUGGUGUCGGCCUCCGAAGCCGACAGGCUGCUUGCCGCGCCUUCACUCGCUUGCCCUAUCCCGAAGCGCCUGCCGUGGUACUUGUCAGUGGCGCCUUUGCGGAUUCUGGGCGUCGUGACGGCGAUCGGUCUGGAUUUGUUGAUUGGCCUGUUCAUCCCCCACUUGCUAGCCAUCCUGGUCACGGGUCUGGUGCUCCCCUCUUCCUGUCGCUCCUGUUUGCCGUUCUCAGCCUUCUCCCCUCUGGCGCAGUCGCCUCCCGAGAGCGGGAGAGAGAUCUGCUCCGCAGUCGACAGCUCUGCUCUCCUGCUCGAAUUUGACCGUGGGAAGGCCGAUCUUUACUGCCCGCAGCUGGACCCUUGGGAAUCGUGUCUUCAGCCGGCGUGGCAAUCUUCCUGUACCUAUUCUUUUCUGCGGCCUCUCGGGCCGACGGCCACCAUGCUAACUGACGGCGGCGGCACAGAGGUCGCCAGCGAUGCACUCAGGGCCGAUCUCUCCUCGAUCCCCCUCUGCUUUUCGUCGGCAGCCAGUUGCCUCUUGUAUGGUCCUCCUCCUUCUCUGUUUGCGCUCUUCUCGCGCGCCUACUGCUUCCUCCACCUGCGACUCCUCGCAGAUCACGUGCGGUGGCUGAUGGAUAACCCGGCGGGAUUCAAGCUCAACCCGAAUCUAGGCAGUAUUCUCGGGUCCCUCAUUCUGACCACGCUGCAUUACUGGAACGAGGCUGCUUCCGUCCUCUACGACUUCUUUGCAGAUCUCUGGGGAUCCAACAGUGGAACGCUUGCUUUGCCUCUGGCCCUGCUGCUCUCCCUCUUUUCGUUUCUCUCCGGCUGGCUCCUACCCGACAACUCCCGCUCCCUCGCCCUUCUUCAGAAAGAGAACGGCCGUCGCAGGCCCGCAAAUCUCGACGUCGGCGACGAGGACGGGUGCCCCGGCUCGCUCUUCCGGCCUCUCAUAAACUUGGUCUCCUGUUCCACCUUUCACAUUGGCGUUGAAUUUGUCACGUUAGCCUUCGGCGCCGUUUUGAGCUGGCGAGGACCUACCCGGGGCUGGGCGUGGGGAGGCGCGUUCUUCUUCGCCACUGCCGCCGAUUUAAUGCUCUUUUCAACUGCUCACGUAUUUUACAUCUACAUGGUCUGUGCGAAACUGAUGGAGACUUCAUGUCAGUGCCUCUGCACCCUGUUUACCAUGUUUCGGGGAAAGAAGCGGAAUAUUCUGCGUCAUCGGGUAGAUACACUCGAGUUUGAGCUUGACCAGCUCUUAAUGGGAUGCAUACUCUUUACUAUCAUGAGUUGCCUCUUCCCGACUGUCUUUGUCUUUUACUUCUCCUUUGCGAUUAUUUGGCUCUCCAUCCUUUUCGUCCACAGCAUGCUGCGCCUUGUAGCGCUGCUGGUCCGCCGGCUGCCGCUGUCUCUCCUUCUCUUGCGGCUCAUCUACCCUGGCCUCUUUCCUGGAUCGAUUAGUGUUCGCGUGCUGGAAGACGGCUGCUGCACACAGGCGCCCAGGAAGCAAGUUGCAGAUGACGAGACGAUGGGAACGCGAAAAAGUCGCAACGCGAAAGGAGGAAGUAGCGAGCGCUCGUCGACGCAAGUGCAAAAUGGUCAAGAGGGAAGCAGUGGCAAAGCAGCAACUCUGGCGGUCGACUGUUCAGUAGAACUCAGUCAACCCCAUCUGGAAGACAGCUCAGGUUCAGAGUUGGUUCCCAGCGUCGAGUUGCCACGACACUCAGUCGGCAGCUUACAGGGGAAAUUAAACCACUCCACUGACUCUCACACCCCGAACGGAAACCUCCCCUGCUGGUCUAGACCCGGUCCAGCUCCACGAUGUGCCUGCCAAAAUCGAAUAACGUAUAUUGAACUGCAGACCCAUCCAGUGAGUUGGGGCGAAAUCUUGCUCCCUACUUUUAAAGAGGCACUGACAUUCGUCGUUUUGUCUGCUCCUUCAAGGUGCAUUCGUCUGAAGCGUGUCACUGCACGCUCUGCAAACUCCUUUUUCGUUGGGAUGCCCGGCGAUCCAUUCGCGACGUGA